CACCCGCACAUAACAGGGAGAGAGAGCGAAAUCGAGACAGCGACAAUAAAGAGGCGAGGGUUGAACUCCACAAAUUUGGUGAGGCUCGUUGACAAGCAGAGGCAACGCGUGCUUUGCACUUGCUGAAGGGAAAGAGAUACGCCACACUGGGAGACAAAGGACUUGCUUUCGAGAUUUUAAGAUUUCGCACAGACAAAGAAUAUGAAGUUUUAUAGACAGACGCACUUAACACUGCACCAUGGGCUCUGUGCGCGUCGUUUGUUGUCUAGGUAAUUGCAACUCAACCAAACGUGUAACUGGCGACGAAAAUAAAAAUACAUAAGCUCUUCUGCAACAAAUCCACCCCCUGGAACAGUCAGCUAUAAAAUACUUUCUUAAUGGCUGGCAAAUAGGACUACUUGAACGAGUUAAAAUCUUGAGAAUAAAUAGAAAAUCAUCUAUUCGUGUUAAACAUUGCGCGGGACUCGGCGCUAUAAAUCCGAUGAGCAUUGUUCUAACGGCAAUGAAGGAAAUACAGAUGGAAAGUCGCGGCGCUCGUUUUUAAGGCGUGACACCAACAAAGGGACGUGAAAACUCGCAUCAGCACCAGCGAAAUACACAGACGCACAACAGCUGCCAACCGCGACGCCACGUUGUUUGCCUUUUGCAAUAUUCACUUAUUGCAUUCCUUUUUGACAGUUAUACAGUCCAAGUGUUUCGGCAUUUAUAUUUGUUAACGCUGUGACGGAUUCACCCGAACCGAAACCAAAGAAGACAGUGGCCAGGAUCCAUGGUGUUAACAGAAAUAAUCGGGGGUCAAGUUCAAGUUUCCCGAACCCUGGGUUCCGAACCCAAGUUGUUUUAGGAUUGAGCGUUUGUCCUAGAGGGUGUGUAGGGGUUUGCUAUCGAAUGGAAAAAGAAAACAAGAGAGACGAGCGAAACCUAAAAUAACUGUGAGGCAGAGAGGAGCGGCUGAAAGUGAGAGACGUGGCGAAGAACCCCGAAAAGAUUCCUGAGGUGAAUGAGCGUUUAAGGGCUCUCUCCAUGGAUAUAGACACAGACUAUGAGCGGCCGAACGUCGAGACCAUAAAGUGCGUGGUGGUUGGGGACAACGCGGUGGGCAAGACCCGGCUGAUCUGCGCCCGUGCCUGCAACGCCACCCUCACGCAGUACCAGCUGCUCGCCACGCACGUGCCAACUGUCUGGGCCAUCGACCAGUACCGCGUGUGCCAGGAGGUGCUGGAGAGGUCGCGGGAUGUGGUGGACGAGGUCAGUGUCUCCCUGCGGCUGUGGGACACCUUCGGUGACCACCACAAAGACCGGCGCUUCGCGUACGGCAGGUCUGAUGUGGUGGUGCUGUGCUUCUCGCUGGCCAACCCCAACUCCCUGCGCCACGUCCGCUCCAUGUGGUUCCCAGAGAUCAAGCACUUCUGCCCCCGCACGCCCAUCAUCCUGGUCGGCUGCCAGCUGGACCUGCGCUACGCCGACCUGGAGGCCGUGAACCGCGCCCGCCGCCCCCUGGCCAAGCCCAUCAAACCCACAGACAUCCUGCCCCCAGAGCGAGGGCACGAGGUGGCCAAGGAGCUGGGCGUGCCGUACUACGAGACUAGCAUCGUGGCGCAGUUUGGCGUGAAGGACGUCUUUGACAACGCCAUCCGGGCGGCGCUCAUCUCCCGCCGCCACCUGCAGUUCUGGAAGUCGCACCUGAAGAAGGUGCAGCGGCCCCUGCUGCAGGCGCCCUUCCUGCCCCCGCGGCCCCCCCGGCCUGUGGUGGGCAUACCGGACCCGCCCGCCGUGGACGGGGAGGGGCCCGACUCCCUCUUCUGCCAGCCCCUGUGCGCCGACGUCCUCUUCCUCCUGCAGGGCGGCGCCAUCCACGUAUUUGCCCACAAAGUCUACCUGGCCACCUCCUGCUCCAAAUUCUACGACCUCUUCACCUUGGACCUGGGGGCCUCGGGGGACAGUGGGGAGGGGGACGAGGCGGGAGAGGGCGAGGAGGAGGCGGAGCAGAGCCGGAGGGGGGCUAAGGAGCAGGCCGGUCGGACCAAGAGUCUGGACAUCGAUAAAGAUGGGGAGGGUGGCCCUCGCGGCCACAGGCAGCCCCUCCUGCCCCAGCAGGGCUCUCUGAGGACUUCACAGAGCGAUAACGCCCUCCCUGCCAGUAGCCAUUGUUCGGCAGGGUCUCUAGGGGCCGGCAGGGCCCUCUCAAGCUGGGGCCGUGGUUUCCUCAGUGUGUGUCUGGAGCAUGUCGAGGACCCCAUGACUGGGCGGCUAAGGCUGAUGACUGUGGUGUCUAUGGACUGCCUGAUUCAGGAAGAACCCUUCCAGGCGGUGCUCCAGUACCUGUACACAGGCAACUUGGACGAGGGCAGAGGGGACCUGAUGCAGGUGGCCACCAUCGCGGAGCUCCUGGAGGUCUUCGACCUGCGCAUGAUGGUGGCCAACGUGCUGAACCGGGAGAGCUUCAUGAACCAGGAGAUCACCAAGGCCUUCCACGUGCGGCGGGCCAACCGCAUCAAGGAGUGCCUGAGCAAGGGCACCUUCGCUGAUGUGGUGUUCCAAUUGGACGACGGCAGCAUCCCCGCUCACAAGCCCUUGCUGAUCUCCAGCUGUGACUGGAUGGCAGCCAUGUUCCGCGGGUCCUUCAUGGAGAGCUACGUAGAUGAGGUGUCUAUUCCCAAUACCAGUACUGCCUGCAUGCAGGCGGUGUUGGAGUACCUGUACUGUGGCCUGCUGACUCCCUGCCCGGACCUGCAGCCCAUGGAGCUCAUCAUUCUGGCCAACCGGCUCUGCCUUCCCCGCCUCGUCGCCCUCACAGAGCAGCACGCUGUGGAGGAGCUGCUGCAGUGGGCUCUGAAAGGCGUGGACAUCGACGGACAGGUGCUGGCGUACCUGGAGAUGGCUCAGUUCCACAACGCCAAGCAGCUCUCCGCAUGGUGCCUGCACCACAUCUGCACCAACUACAACAGCGUGUGCCGCAAGUUCCCCAAAGACAUGAAGGCCAUGUCCCCAGAGAACCAGAAGCACUUUGAGAAGCAGCGCUGGCCGCCGGUCUGGUUCCUGAAGGAGGAGGACCGGUACCUGCGCUCCCAGAAGGAGCGCGAGCGGGAGGAGGAGCUCCUGCGAAAGCAGAACACCAAGAGGGGCUGGUGCUUCUGGAGACACUCGUCUUCCUCCGCCCCCCACAUCUCCUGAGGCUCCGCCCGGCCCUCCCAAAAUUCCCCUCCCCCUGCCCAAAACCUUCACCUCUCACCCCUCAACAGUCCUUCUCCUCCCCACUGCUCCGAGCCUCACCUCAGUGCCAGCGUCCACGGCGUGCGAUGUGCCUGACCUGACCGAGCGUCAGCGGGGACAGUUAGAGACGCCCACUGGCAGCCACACUAAAGUCAGCCUUCGUUCAGCUCGCUGCUACUAUCCAGCAGGGGGCGGUGCGCCAUGUUAAGUAAUAGGGAAUGAGAGUGUUGAAGGGGAGCCCUGCCUUAGUGACAGGUUUCACUAUAGGGCAUGGGGACAAAGAAGAUGCGGCGAGACUCAUGGGGACAAAGCCCGGGAGUGGCCUGUCUGUCCUCGCGUCACAGAGCUGCGGGCGGAGGCGGCAGAGCCGGGGGUGGCGGCGGGAAAGGGCGGGUCCCUGUGGGCUGAGGGAAAGAAAGAGGUCAUGUGACUUUGCAGCCACGCUCUGCCCGUGAGCUCUUAACCCGGGGAAAUGAUUUGCAAGGAAAACCAACCACAUGAAAACACCUUAACUCUCAAAAACAGACAUGAAAACGACAGCGACACAAAACCACGGCGGCAGGGAUAAAAGCAAAGCUGAACCGAGCCCGGGUUCGGCAUUCAUCUCAGUCUCUGACCUCCUAUGCCUGCCGUUGGGAAUUCUCCUCUUUUUAUUUUCUCCUCCUCUUGUGUUUUGCCUACUCCUUUUUUUGGCCUCGUUUCUUUUGGCAGCGACUCCUCGGGCCUCUGAAUGGAGGCCCUGCUGGGGUCCUGGCCGCUGACUGGAGAACGGAGUUCCUGUUGCUAAGACUGUUAUAAUGAAGGGGCUGCAGGGCAGUGGUUGCAGCCAGACAUGGUGCAUAGCUGGGCCGCAUGUCCAAAGGAGGCCACACUACGUACCAGCAAAUGGAAAAUCUAAACCAAGUUAGUGCCACUAAUCUGACCAGAAUAGACAUUAAACUUCAAACUCUAAUGCCUAAUUUUAUACCACCCCAUUGGGAGUAUUACUUUUCAACCCCUACCAGGGUGUCCACCGGUCACUGAGACUUAUUUAUUGAGGCAAUUCAUGGAAGUAAGAGGUUUAGUAGAAGUAGAGGGUACUUCUCUAUCUCUACUCUCCAACACCUUGAUCUUCAGCGCUCUCAACUUGCAACCCCACAGCCUGUCUGCAAUUACACCCUCAGUCCACAGGAGGGCACUGCACUUGGAUUGU